GAAUAUAACCCAUCUACAAAAUUGACCCAGUGAGUCAAGAUACUAAAGAAGCCCAACACGUGAGGCUCACGUGCCAAGAGACACGUCACGUCCCCAUUACCAUCUUCAUGAUUCUUCACGAUGCUGCUUGAUGCUAUCGUGCGCCCCUAAAUUGGAACUUUUAUCGUGCGCUUCUAAAGUGGAAUUCUCACAGCACAGCUCCUUGCCACCAACAGCACCACCACCACCGCCGCCGGCUUCCCUAAGCUUCAUCUUUCCAGCCACCGACCGCAUCCUACCUCCGCUGCCGCGUCGUUAACCUUUUCCUCUUCAUCUGUUUAAGCCAUGGAGCGUUUCUUGAAUGGAAGUGGCACCGACAAGAACAAAGGAAUGGUGGAGGAGUUGGAGAGCUAUGGAGUGAUAAAAUCGAAGAAAGUGGCAGAAGUAAUGGAAGCCAUCGACCGGGCUCUGUUUGUACCCGAGGGUACACCUCCAUACGUCGACAGUCCUAUGCAGAUUGGAUAUAAUGUCACUAUUUCGGCACCGCACAUGCACGCUACAUGCCUUGAGUUGUUGGAGAACCAUUUAAAGCCCGGCAUGCAUGCCCUAGAUGUUGGCUCGGGAACGGGGUAUUUAACUGCUUGUUUCGCCGUUAUGGUUGGAUCACAAGGCCGUGCUAUUGGAGUAGAACAUAUUCCUGAAUUAGUCGAAUCUUCAGGGAAAAAUAUCGAGAAAAGUGUGGCAGCCCCACUAUUGAAAGAAGGAUCACUCUCAAUCCAUAUUGGCGAUGGGAGGCAAGGGUGGCCGGAGUUUGCACCGUACGAUGCCAUUCAUGUAGGAGCUGCUGCACCGGAGAUUCCUCCGGCACUUGUUGAGCAGCUGAAACCUGGCGGCAGACUAGUGGUCCCCGUCGGAAAAGUCUCCCAAGAGCUGAAAGUCAUCGACAAGAAUAUGGAUGGCACACUAAGUGUACGAAAUGAGCUUUCUGUUCGCUAUGUUCCACUGACAAGUCGAGAAGCUCAAUUACGGGGACGCUAGCAGCAAUAACGCCUAAUUAUUGGUUUCGUCUUCUUUACUUUGUUUAUAAUAACUCAUUUUCUGAAUAAUCAUUGAUAUUACUAAAAGAAUUCCUGUGAGCUUUUGGUUUGGGUUAAGUGAAUAAUGUAAUGUAACAAGAGGAGGACUGUAUAAUAUAUAUUAUGGGUAAAUUACGGUCGGCCCCCCUGAGGUAAGGUCAAAUUACAAAAAAAAACCCUCAUGUUUGGGUAAUUAUAACCACCUGACUAUGAAUCUUCUUACAAGUUCAUCCUUAUGAUGUUAAAUUUAACAGAUUUUUUUAGGUUU